AGGAGCAGCGCAUUUGAGCGCAGCAGCAGCGCGCGUCUGAUCUCUUUGUUGCUGCGCAAGGCACUACGCUCAUUUAUUCCGCAAACAACGUGAAAUGGCUCGGCUCGCGAUGGACGGGUGCGCACAGAUGUGCAAGUGUUUCCUGAUCCUCUUCAACAUUAUGUUCGCUCUGGUGGGGCUCGGUCUGGUGGCUCUGGGAAUGUGGCUCCGUUUCGGCGCAGAGACCCGAGGCUUCUUCGACAUCGAUCUGCACACCACACAGUUCAACAUCGGAGUGAUGGUGCUGGUGGUCACGGGGGUCCUGAUGCUGCUGGUGGCCAUCAUCGGUGACUGCGGCGCCUGCAACAACAGCAAAACAGCUCUCGGCGUGUUUUCUGGCCUGCUGACCGUUCUGAUCAUCAUUGAAAUCGCAGCCGGUGUGAUGGCCUUCAUGUGGAGUGACAGGGUAAAACACACACACACACAC